UUCCGGUGUGCUGUGAGUUGGGUCGCGCACGUGUGACUGUGAGCCGCUGUGCUGUUUAUACUCUUUAUAACCUCAUCUUUGACUGUGAGAGUGAUUUUUCAUCAUGUUCCUGCAGUUUUAUCUGAAUGAGAACGGCGACAGGGUUUAUACUUUGAAGAAAGUGGACCCAUCCGGUCAGCCCACCAGCUCGGCGCACCCGGCCCGCUUCUCUCCGGACGAUAAGUUCUCCAGACACCGAGUGACCAUCAAGAAACGCUUCGGGCUGCUGUUAACACAACAACCACGACCUGUGCUGUGAACGGACCGAUGAACUGAUCAACAAUGGACUUUAACACACAAUUGUUUCCAUUAUAUGAGUGUGUGUGUGUGUGUGUUUUAUUCCAGAAAGUAUGUCAUCAGUUUUUGUAGAUUGCUCGACAAGAAUGUGUUUAUUCAGUUAAUAUAAUAAACAUGUGAGCAAUCAUAUGGAAUAAAAUGCAUUAUUUGUAUCUCU